UGGGUUCCACGUGUUGGCUGCGCAGUUCUUAAGAACCCACGUUUUUCCGUUUAGUACUUUUUAGUUAGCUGUAACGUUGUCUUUCCUAAUCCCGGCUCAUUUCCUUCUUGCCAUCAUGUCGUCGUCUGCACCACAAGCGACGUUAUCAACAUCCCCAACGACAGUAGCACCUACAACUGCUGUAACAUCACCCGGUACUAGUACUUCUACUCCCCCCACUACAACACCAACUACCAGCACUACUCCAUCAACGACAACAACGCCCACAUCGACGACCCCAUCAACUUCAGCAACAACACCAGCUACAACUCCCACAUCUUCCACAUCUUCCACGACAACUGGCAGCAAUGCACAAGCUUCAACUACCCCUGCAUUCGCAAGUACCACUCCAACAACAACCUCCAUGACAUCUGUUGCGACUACAGUACCCGUCAUUAUUACCUCAACAAAUUCACUCGGAUCAACAAUCGUCAUCACAACAGAGAUAUCCACAACAACCUCAAUCCCUGUCUCAACUUCCUCCUCGUCCACAAACAACUCAUCAAACACCGGCCCAAUCGUAGGUGGCGUAGUCGGUGGUAUCGCCGUCAUCGCCAUCUUCGCCCUUAUCAUCUUCUGCUUACGCCGUCGCAGAAGGCGAGACGAGUUCGACGGCAACUUUGACCCCGAUCAUGUCAUUUCUCACCCUUCAGGGGGCGGGACUCUCCCCCAAAUCGACCUUGGCGAAGAAAAUGAGAUCACCCCUUACCCUGACCAUGGUGCCAGCAUGCGCCAAUACGGAGAAAGCCCCUACCUAACUACCGGUGCUGCUGCCGGCGCAGCGGCAGCUGCGAGUAUAAACCGCACAACUUCCCCACUCAGCUCUCCCUCCCAAUACAGCGACACCGCCACCACUGCUGCCGAGGGGUACCCUUCUCAGGGCUUCAUCCGCCCAGGCCCGGGCCAGUACCCCCAAGGCGGACCAAACAUGUACACAAUGCAGCAAGCAGACUGGCACAACCCACUCCCCCUCACAUCACCCGCACCAAGCGUCAGCAACGCCUCCUCCAGCAGCCGUGCAAUGAAGGAGAGAGAAGCUGCUGCUGGCCGUCAAGGCCUCGGCCUCGCUACUCAGCAAGAAGUCGACGGUGAGGGUUCUGGCGUUGUCCAGCACCAGGAUGCAGGACAGGUGCAUAGUGAAGAAGAAGGUGAACCGAGAGAUAUCCCCCCUGCGUAUGACUCUAUAAGGCAGUAGACUCAUCCAGUGAUUCCAAAAGGCGAUAUUUGAAGUGGAAUAUGUGAUAUUACCCUUGCCAUGUUUCGAUGGACACCACCUUUGGACGCUUAUACGUAUGUACAGUGCAUUGUCAUCGUCAUCAUGAUCUUAGACCCUGAUCCCUUGUUUAUCUUCGACAUUAGUUGUCGUCGUACUAUGUUUGGUGACUCUGGAGUCUGACUACUUGUUACUUACCAGCACAUUUCAUAUAUGCAUCGUCAUAUCAUGUUUUUGUUCAUUCUUACGAUACAUCACUGCAAAUUGCGUUUAUAAUCACCUCGCCGUUACGUUCACCCUAUUGCGAGUAGCAAACAUGUAUAAACACAUUCAGAACGUUCGAGUUUAGGUUGGACA